UAUUUUAAAAUUAUUAUAUAUAGAACGAAAUACGGCCAGUAAGCUCUUUGCAGAAACGAAUUAGUUGUUGCUGAGAACAUCAAUAUCUUGUAAAAUAUUUUUAACCUUUCUGCUGGUACAUCAACAUAUUAUUAACAUAUCUUUCCUUUGUAAAAACAAUUUUGUAUCUUCUUACAUCUAAUACAAGGUAACCGUUACUAACGGGCAUGAUAAUCCCAACUUUAUCUUUAAUUUUCAAAAAUUGUUGAAUUGUAAGUUGGAGUAACGUAUGUUUCACACUCGCUUAUUUAUGAACUUAAUCACGGAAUUGAAACUUACAUGUAAAAUCGACUGUUUUAUUUAGGAAUCAAAUGUACAUCAUUCUAUUGUCAUAAAAAUGCGAUUUUAUGUUUUUAUAUAUGCAUGUGUAAACAAUAUACAAUGUAAAGUCUGUUUGAUAAAAGUAACGUUUGUUUCACUGUGGUUACUUAAACAAGUUAAAACUCGACCAAAGUUAUCAAAAUUUACUUACUAAUGUCAAAUAGAAGUUAAUGUUGCUGUUAUACGUGCUUUCUGGCUUCAAUCCCCCUUUUUAUAAACUUACUUUAAAAAGUUGAUAACGUUUGUUUCUGUAAGUUUAACGUAUGUUUCAUUUUACAUUGAAAGUGGGUUAAAAAAUGACGCAAGACCGUUUAACCCGCCAUAAAUUGCGGUUAAUAUAUCAGAGUUACACACAUGUUAAUUUUCUUUCUUGUUUGGAUUCUUCUUUAAAUGGCUUGGCUCUUAAAUAAUGGUAACGUAUGUUUCUUUUUAAAAUGCUGUUGAAAAGAUUUGAAUAAAAAAUGAAAAUUUCCGAAAAUAUAAUGAUAUUUGAGAGGCCGCAAGCUUAUUUUUACUUAUAAUUAUAAAUAUGCUGUAUUAUUAAGCAUGCAUCGAUUCAAUUAUGUAAUUUUGGUUCAACUUAUUAUUGUUUAAGGUUUGUCACUAUUUAUUUAUAUGCUUUUGGCGACAUUUGAUCAUCCAUUAUAUCAAUGAGAUUUUAACAGUCAAAUAUAAUUUUUACCAAUAAUCAAAGUUCAUAUACACACCGCAAUGACUAAUUGCACAUGUUUCGUUUAUUCUGGAACUUAUUGUUCUGAGACACAAUUUCAAAGUUGAAAAUUCUAGGUGGCGACAGUAACGUAUGUUACAUUUUAGGGCAUUAAUGGUACUUGUAAAAGAAAAAUAACAGAUAGAAAUGUAAAACUGAGAGUGUCCCUAAUAGACAAAGUGGCAGCCACCUUUCUAACGACAUUUUGACCUCAGGAAAAAACCUUCGUAUAAGAGCUACCAAGUGGAACAUCAAGUGCUGUGUUUUAUUGAGAAUGAGCGUGAAGCAGGUUUGCUGGCAGGGUUUUCGGACCUGGUAAUUUUCAGCCCGUAUGUUAUCGCAUUGGCAAUUAGUAUACGAAAAGGCGCAUACAAUUUUUAUAGCUGAAAACAUUUAUACAGUACUGAAGUUUAUAUAAAAUAGAUUCAGACUUGCCUAAACCAAAUACGAUAUAGUUCUAAGAUGAAUUUGCUGUUUUUUGGUGUAAAUUUACAGUCUAUCUUUUUAUUUUUCAUAUAUCAUUCUGAAUGGUUUUGCAUUUGACUGAAAAAUGCCACGGAAAAGAGCACUAUUGGCGACUCAAGUCAACCAGAAAAGGGCAAAACGUAUUAGAUCUAAUAGUAAUACAGCAGGUAUACAGCAGAAUUCUUUCGGUGUACAGUGCUCUAUGGUCACAGACAGUCCUCUAAAUAGCACUAUACAAAAUCAGACAUUGCCAUCGGAAACAAAUCCAGUCACCAGUCAGAACAUGUCUUGUUCUACAGAACAACAACAUGGAACAUGUAGUUCAUUCUCGGGUGGUCCUUCAUUCACAGGUGUUGAUAACCAGGGUAUAACACCCAAUGUGCACUGUAUCACAUCUCCUUAUUUGGGCACAUCUACAAGGGACUAUGGAUACCAAUAUAACCUUGGUUAUGAUCAAAAUAUUGGCACAACUCAGUACCUGGACACAACAGGUUAUUAUCAUCCACAACCUCAGACACAGACAACACAUGUUAAUUAUGGUCCAGUAUGCCAAGAUGGAAUCUACACCUAUCCCCAGGCUCAGAUAGCACCUACAUAUUGUCCAGGUGGUAAUCCAAUACAACAACAUACCUUGUGGCAACCACAGGCUCAGACCGCAUCAGCUGACCAGACUGCUAUAUCGGGUAAUAGUUUUAAUAAUAAUUCAAUAAGUAAUACUAACUCGCCUUUCAAUUCUGUUUGUAAUGAUUUGUCACUUCACAUUCCCAAAAAACUUAAAGAACAAAUAUGGCAGGGGGAAUUCAUUGAUUUAUCUAUUCUCUUGCAAAAAGAAGAAGAUGGACAACAAUCCAUCAAAUUAGUGAAUGGCGAGUUGGUGAUAUCUAAUGCCAUUAAGAAAAAUACAGUUUUAAAUAUCGAAAGGUGGACUGAUGCCUUUUUGAUUUAUAUACAUAUUAUGGUUACAAAAAGUCCAUUAUUAGCUAAACAUUUAUUGCAGUACUUAAAUACAAUACGUUUAGCUGCUAAAAGGAACCCAUCUGGUUGGGCACAAUAUGAUAAAAUGUUUAGAAGAAAUAUUGCGCAACACCCGGGGACGCCUUGGUCAGUAAUUGAUGCUGAGCUUUGGCUCAUUACAAUGACAGCAAAUCAUAAUGCUUUUGUACCACAGUAUACCCAAAAUAUAUGUUUUGAUUACAAUACAAAAGGCUUUUGUAACAAACCAGGUUGUUUUUAUCAGCACAAGUGUAAAAAAUGCAGUGGCAAUCAUCCUUCGUAUGUAUGUCGUGCACCUUCCAUUCGACCAGACCUGGGUCGGGGUUCAACCAGUAUAACAAAUUCUUUCAGACCAAGAUUAUUCAGACCGGAGAUCCAGCCAAGAUUCCAACCUAAUCAAAAACCUUUUGGUAUUAGGUCAAACACCAAUAGACACGAGCUCCCUAAGUAAAUGGCUCAGUAAAUAUGAUAAAGAAAAAGCAUGCUUUAUUAUUACUAUUUUGAAAUACUUAAAAGUUUAACCCAAAUGUUUCUUUAUUAGGAAUAAAUAACACACAUGUGUGGAUUAUUGGUUCAUCUAUUAUAAGGAAUGCCUUCUAUCAUGCCAAACAAAGGUAUGGGAAGGACCUCGGUCUAGAAAAUACAACUAUUACCUGGAAAUUUAAGCCUGGUUUGCUGACUGAAGGCCUACUUCAUGAGUUUAAUACAAUGUUGAAUUGUAAUAAAUUACCGUUUGCCAUAAUUAUACAUUGUGGAGGCAAUAAUAUUGGGAAAACCCCUUUAGACUAUUGUAAAUGGCUACUUACAAAUAAUUUUGCCACUGUAUUAUCUAGUAUUCCUGGAGUACGUCUUGUCUGGUCCGGGGUUCUUCCAAGAUUAUAUUAUAGAGGAGAAAAUAACCACAAAAAGUUGGAUAAGGCUAGAAAAAGAUUAAAUAGUUCUUUGGCUAAAUUCUGUAUUACAAACGGUGGUGGAUAUAUUAGGUAUCCAGAUAUUCAAGAGUCUCAGGAAUUCUUUAGAGAUAAUGUUCAUUUAUCUGUUAAGGGUCUUGACAUUAUGGUUGACACUCUCAGGAAUGGGAUUUACAAUAUCAUCUUUAGGGGCCUACAGGCAGUAACUGUUUUCCGUAGCAUAUUUAAAUCCGGCUGACAGUGACAGCUUCCGAAUCAUCACCCCCAUACGAUUAGUUUCUUAUGGCGGGGCUUGCUCUUUGUUGGCUACUUUCCAGCCAAAUGAGCUGCGCCUUUGGCUUAAUGUCGAUUCGUACUGUCACUUAUAACAUUACAUUAUAUUUAUGUAUAACACAUUUCAUAUAUAGUAAGAUACAAUCGCAGGGUAAAUAUUAAGCUUUAUCAUCAUUGAUGAAUUUUAAAUACAUUUAUGCAGUGUAAUUUUAAUUACUUCCGAUAUUCCGGUGUUCUGCAUCCGAUUUUCCGGAGUAAUAUUACAAGCUGCCGAUAGUCCGGAGCCAGUUCUUCUCCCGAUUUUCCGGAGUAAUGUGAUCGCCAUAUAGCCUUUCUUAUAAGGAAGCGUGAUUCACAUCUUAUGUUUAGCUCACGAUGUUCCGGAGCUACUCUACUGUCUAAACGUACUUCCGAUUGAUCCGGAGUUACUACUUUACGACUACACUGCAGUUUCUAAAAUCUAAGUUUAAAUAGUUUCCGAUAUUUGAAUCUUACAUACACUGCGAUUGUAUUUUUAGUAUCAUGUUUUAGAAUUUAUGUCAGCCAUGGCCAUAUCUUGCCAAAAUAUCAUUAAACAUAAAUAAGUUAAACAUCUUUGUUUUUUGUCCCUCUUGUGAUAAAUUUCCUGUCAUUUCAAGCGUGUCUUUAAAUGAUAGUAGUUAUCACCAAGGGCGACAAAUCUUCAGACCUUAUUUCAAUUACGCACAUGGUGGCCGCAUGGUACUUGUGACGUCAUUAUGAAUUUCGUCAUAGCGUAGCCAAAAGCUGAGAACGGGGUUCUUUUUCGUUUGGACAUAGAAGAGAAAGGUUGGAGAAAAAUAUUUUAUUUCCCACCCACCCAACCCAAA